UGGCGCGUUCUUAGCCGGCACUUAGGAACCUUCGUAGCAAACCUACUUACGAAGAAAUACUUGGAGCUUCGUGAAUCUGACUGGAGGUCAGUAGUUUGCCUAAGUGGAUCUCGAUAAGCAUAUAUAGAGGCUCCUAUAUAGUCCAACACAACGGUGCGGCUUCAAUUUCUUUCUUUAUUAUGCACCCCAUACCCAUCCGGUGGGCGGUGGUGUAAAGGAUUACGCGGUGUGGCUCUUGCUCUACACAACACUCCUGUAUUCAUCUCUUUAGUAAAACCCUUCACAAGACAAGAUCUGGGGGGUUCAAGAUGGCUGAAGGAGGAAAGUCAAAGCAGAGGAAGGCAAAGCACAAUAAUGUCGAGAACAACCAUGAAAGCAGCAGUCAACAUUCUCAGGAUGAUGUGGUUUCUGUGGAGUCUGGCUGUACCACAUCUGAAGAUAUUGCAAGAUUCUGUGCGGCAAAUAUGUCGGAAGAAGGCAACAGACAAAUAAGAGACAAGUAUCGUGAACUAAUUCAGAAUGCUAAAGAAAAGGCAGAUGGUGCAGGGUCAGCAGGGAUUGACACUGACAGUGUACGUCAAAUGGUGCUUCUUGCAAAUGAAGCUUUUACAAGAGUCAAGCGGCCGAGAGAAGCAGCAAUGGAUGCACAGUUUUUAAAAACUUGUGGAACAUUAGCUAAAUUGAAUAUUGAGUCAGCUCAGUCAAAUUUAAGUGUCUUCAAGCCAACAGAAUUUGCUCAAAAAUUGAUUCUUUUCAUGGCACAAGAUGAAGAGGAGGAGUCUGGUGACCUUGACCAGCCAGAUUGGGAAAGAUUUGGUAAAGCUGUGUCGUCACUCUACAAAAGAACCGUUGGUGUAGAGCCUCUUUAUGGUGCCCUUGAAUGGCAGCGUCCAAAGCCAGCACCUAGGGCUAGAAAUCAACAAAAAGACAGUGAAGCUGGUCCAAAAAUAAAACCAAAGCAGGUACUAACUGCAUCUACUGGAGAAGAAAAACAAACAGAAGAAGUAACUCGGAUAUAUAACGUGCUUGUUAAUUGUUACAAGAAGAAUGACAAAUAUCCUAUCUGUUUUUACACUUUUGUUGUAAAUCCACAUUGCUUCAACCUGACAACAGAAAAUUUAUUUCAUACAAGUUUUCUUUUGAGAGAACAACGUGCUAUAAUAGAUGCGGAUGAAAAUGGCCUCCCAGUUAUUGCGCCAAGAAGCAUUUCUGCACCUCGUAUUGAAGGUGUUUCCCACCAGAGUUUAAUAACUUUAACUAAGAGAGAAUGGAGAAAAAUUGUUGAAUCCUUUAAAAUAACAGGCACUAUGAUACCCUCUCCUGAAAAAAGAUCAUUGAAAAGAAAGACUUAAAUAAAUUAAUAAAGAUAAAUUGGUAGAAAUACACAUUUAUAUUUGUAAUAUGAAUAUAUAAAUAUUUUUUACUCUAGAUUAGAAUAGUGAGGUGACAAACAACAUUUUUGUAUCAGUCACAUCAUUUGGCUCACAUUCUUAUUACAUUAGGAGAGACAUUACAUUUUUGUCUUGAUAUUUUUAAGAUCCUGUAAUUAAUUUUAUCUUGCUCUUUUGAUUGGGAGGGAAACUGCAUUUUAAUUUUUUUGUUGGUAUGUGAAAAUUAUAAUUAAGUGGUGCUCAGAUAAAAAAAAAUAGUCCUGCAGAUAUUCAGAACUAGAUUUAAUAAUGAUCUUUUGAAUAUUUUAAAAUUCUAAUUGGAAUGUUUAAAAAUUAUGAUUAGGUCUGAUGACUCAUAUUUACAAGUGAAACAAGGUAUUCUAUCUAUUUUGUAUGUACAGGAUAUAUGUGAUGGUUCCUGUAGAAAAUGUGCUCAUAUUCUUGAUUCACUUUGGUACUAACUUUUUUACUGGAAUAUGUUUCAACUAGUGCUGCUUAUGUUCAUGCUGAGUCAUCCUACUUUCACUGCAUUUAUAUAGUAAGAAAUAAUGAGAGAAAUGUUCUAUUUACUUUACUUAAUAAAGUUCUUACUCAACUAUA